CAUCCUGAUGAAUGAUUUCACGAGAAAUCUGUGUUUUUUGGGGACGAAUGACGAGAUGGUCGUCGUGUAUGGGGGUAUGGCGGAGUCGAAUAAAAGCGAAAUGUUUCUCGGUUCUGGGUGCGGACCACCCGAACGGGUGUGUUUCCGACCUCUGCCUUCUGCAUCCUAUGUUCCUAUCCUCACCUCGUCAUGCAUCGCUCGAACCAAGCCAAGCGCCAAGCUAGACCGUCUCUGGCAGUCGGAGCUUCCCGUCGAUGAAGUGGGAGUACAGCGAGCGUCUCCACUCCUCCACUCCUCUCACCCUGCAGUGGGCAAGUGAUUUAUUCAAAAUGGCGGAGUUUAACAAUAAGUGAAAUUAAAUGUUGUUUUGCAGGACUUGUCGUGGUGUAAUGUUUUCAUGUGCAAUGUGUCUGUUUACUAUUUGAGUGAUAAGUGAUUGCGAUAAGACGUCAAUUAUUUAUUUAAAUGUGGCUAGGCUGUAGUCUCGACUCCUCGUUGCACGGGAGGCAAGUUGGACUCGUUGAACAAGAGGAACACUGCAAAAAUUUCGGGCGAUGUUGAAAUGCCAAGGCCUAUUCAACAUUUAUUUGCAUACUAGCUUUAAAAUUUAUCGAGUUAAUCGCACAAAACAUCACUUGAUUCGAUGACAUGAUGUUUUGUGUUGAGCUUACUACCCUUGAUGCCUUUACUGUUUUGUUUAUGGUGGCUGAAAUUUAGCCACCUGCUCUAGAAAUUUUAUAUAAUUCAAUUAACGAUGGCUGAAAUAAAGAUUGAAGAAGAUAAAUUUGAUGAGCUUUGUAGGUUGUGUGCAUCCUACGAUGCAGUGCAAAUGGACAUUUUCGGCGAGAAAGGGAGAGAGAGAAAAAUCAUCGAUAAAAUUCACACAUGCCUUCCGUUCCAGGUUAAAGAGAGAGACCUACUGCCUAAAUCAAUAUGUUACCGUUGUAUGUAUAAUUUGGAAAACUUCUUCGACUUUCGUAAAGGCUGCGUGGAUGCUGUUACAAGACUGGAAAAAUUUGUGCAAACCUCCAAACGGAAUAAGCAAUUUGUGAAUGGAGAAUGUAUGACAUCAACCGCGACCGAUGAAGAUGAAGAACCCAACCCAGCUGAUUUUCUGGAAGCUUGCUUGGCUGGCGAAUCGGUGGGGAAUGGCGUGCAGACCGACGCCCGAGAGGACGUCAUGCCGUCGACCAUUGUUGUCGACUUCGACUGUCUGCCGCAGCGCGUCGCGACGCCGCCCGAUGACUUCACGUGUCAGACCUGCGGACGCACGUUCAACUCUCGCGGCGCGCUGACUCAGCAUUCCAAGUACCACACUGGCGAAUCGGAUCAGACACAAGUCUACACGUGUCACGUGUGCGAGAAGGCGUUCUCCAGCAAAGGGCAUCUAGCCUCGCACUCGAAGGUGCAUAUCGGCGACCUGGCCGAUCGGCCAACUCCCAUCGACGUGCCAUCGACGAUCGGCGCCCUGCGUCCGUUCAAGUGCGACCUCUGCGAGAAGUCCUACUCGAUGGCGAAACAUCUGUGGGGUCACGUGAGCGUCAGCCACAAGGGUGACCCCAAGGUCACCUGUCAGUUCUGUAGUCGCACCUUCUCCACCAUCACCAACCUCGAGGAUCACAAGAAGUACAAGCACAGCAUCGAGGUUGACGUCAAGGUAGAACCUCGAGACGAUGAGGACAGCUUGAAGGUGGAGGAGAACAACUCGAGUCACUCGGCUGUUGAAGACCAUCCUGGCAGUAGGAGGAAGAGUUCCAAACCGAGGAAAAUCAAGAGAGAGGUGUUGGAUCACACAGAGUUGGACAUCAAAGAUGAACCCCUAGAUUUAGCAACAAGCUCAACAGCUGCGGUAACCGAGGAGGAAUCCAACAGUAGAAGCGAAACUACCGACAAAUCUUUGGUGUGUCCAAUGUCCUGUGAGGGUGUGUUCCCUUCCCGGGCCUUCCUCAACCAACACCUCAUCGAAAAACAUGAGAUCAACCCGGAAGACAUCUCUACCUCUCCUCCCCCUCACGAAGAUAUUAAACUGGCCGAAAACAUGUUGGAAGCCGAAACCGUAUUCUGUUGUGAGAUUUGUGUGAGGGAUUUCAACGAUAGGGCGAGUUUGUGGCUGCAUAUGUUGUACUCGCAUCGUGAGGAGGCAGCUACAGCGUGUGGCAUAUGUUUGCGUGUGUGUUCGGACAAUGUGAGUCUGAUGGAGCAUGUGUACAGUUGUCAUCCGAAGGAUAGUUUGACUGCCGACCAGAAGCGGUACAGUUGUCAGAUAUGUGGACGCCAGUUGGAUUCCAAAAAGAAACUCCUCACUCAUGUUAGGAUUCAUAAUCUGUAUGAUGACACAGGACAAAUCCUUGACCCGGAAUCUGUGAUUGUGUUGAACAAUAAGAACCGCCAGCCUCCACCAUCCAACAAUCAGGUGAAAGAGUUCGAAAUGCAGCAAGAAGUGUUCACAGAGGAAGGCCAGCUGAUUAUGAGUUGCGAGAUUUGUUACAAAGUAUUUCCCAAUGAGGAGAAGCUAGUCAAGCACAAGCAGAACGCACAUAGAAACUCGCAGGGACCGAACAGUAUCAACAGUUCAACGACCUACUUCCUGUAUUUCUCGUGUGAGUUGUGUGGCCUGGCGCAUUCGACAAGGACCGAGAGAUGGCGCCACAUGUUCAGCUGUCAUGCAGAUGAACCGACACUGCUCUGUGACCAGGUACAGUGCGGGAAAGUGUUCCCCACACGUGCGUUGAGAACAGAGCACGUGACCACACAUCACGGCCUCCAAGGGGACACUCCCAACACCUGCGAGAUCUGUGGAAAACUGUGGGCGACUCGAGUCAACUACUGGAAACAUAUGAUGAGUGUGCACGCCGACUGCUUGCCGUUCAUAUGUGGCGUGUGUUUGAAGAUAUUCUGUUCAGUGCCUGAUUUGUCAGCUCAUGUGAGAGAGAGGCAUUGGCCGCUGACUGGUAGUGAUUAUUGUUGUGACAUUUGUGGCAGGCCUUACCCCAACAAAUCAAAAAUGUUCCGUCACAGGAAACUCCACGCCUUACCUGAAUCCGAAGGUGGUCUACCGGCUGGUCACGAGUUGGAAGAGAUCCCGCCUCCCAACGAGUCCCGUCCCGUGUUGGAGGUGUUCGAACAACUCACCUGCAGUCUGUGUCCCGACCAAGAGUUUCAGUGCUUGGAGGAUUUGUCGAAACACCGCAAAACAGCUCACAACCUUGUGCCUUGCGACCUGUGCCCCAAGUUCUACGGCCGGUCGUCCCACCUGUGGAAGCACGUCAACAAGAUCCACAAGAACCAUCCGGACAUCACUUGCAGCGUGUGCUUCCGCACGUCCGCCUCACGCAACCACCUAGCAAACCACAUCGCCAAGCACCACCGGCACGAGGUGCUCUGUCAGAACUACGUCGACAUUUGCGAACUCUCCAACGAGGAGGCUGUGCACAACUGUGUCAAGUGCAACAAGGUCUUCAGGAAGCAUCUACUGCUGAAAAAACACAUGAGACACUGCACAGGACCACCUAACCAACCAGCAUCCGGACCCUCCCCUUGUGAGAGGUGCACGAAAGUGUUCGACUCCCCCAUUCAGCUCAGGAAACAUCUGAGGAACUCGCACUUACACUUCAGGUGUGAACUGUGUGAGGAUGUGGCUCACGACUCGAGGAUUGAGUUGAUGGAUCACAUAAAAGCAGCUCACGCCGGCGAUCCUAGUUUGACGUGCGAUUACAAAGGCUGUGGCAUGAUGCUGCGUUGUACGGCUGAUAUGGCCAAGCACAGGAGGGAACACAGACAGGGCAGACCCCCUCCUACCUGCAGUUUCUGCGGAGAACUGACCCCCAACAAAAUGAAGCUCAGAAAUCACCUCAAAACCCAACACCCUCAACUAACCAAACAUCUGUGUUCCAUCUGUCUGGUUACUAUGAAAGACUUUGACGAGCUCAGGAAACACGUUCGUUCGAAACACAAAUCAAUGCUCGGAAAAACAAAUAUCUGUCCGAUUUGUGUACGCACCUACUCGAACAAGAGCAAAGUUUUGGUUCAUAUACGAUCGCACGGCGAAGGUUUCUUUCCCUGUGAGAUAUGCGUGAAAGUGUUCACGGAUCCCGAGAAGCACAAACGUCACACCGAUGCUCAUUUCGAUGAGAACUCUGAAGAAUUGGAGGCUGAGGAGGAGGAAGAAGAGGAAGAGGAGGAUGCCGCUAACCAGGAACAGGAGGAAGAGGAGGUUGACGGUGAAGAUGAGGAGGAGAAUGUGAAAGAAGAUGAGAAGGAGGAGAGUAGUGUGAAGAAAAAGAAGGUGAGUGAGGAGGAUGAGGAAGAGGAGGAGGAUGAGGUUGAGGAGGAGGAUGAUGAGGAGGAAGAGGAAGGGGAAGAAGAGGAUGAAGAGACAAAGACUGAAGACGUUGAAAGUGUGAUAACAAAGAGAACGUCAGAUGACGAGGAAGCUGAUGAGAAGGAAGAUGUGAGCAGCAGUCAGAUUGAGAUUGAGGAUGAUGAGGACACAAACGAGACUGCCCCAGCCAAACGUCAGCGGCGCACGCAUCCGUGCAUCGCUUGCACGAGAACUUUCACCAACUCCACCAGUUUCUUGCGUCACAUGAAGGCUGAACAUGUCGAACUGAUCUGCGCCUGCGGCAAGAUGAGCGAAAACAUCCAAUCACACAACAACCACCUGAAGAAAUGUAUCACAGGCAAAAAGAAGGAGAGCGAUAAGGUGGAAGAGAAGCGGCCACCCAACAAGAAAAGCUUGGAGAAAAAGUUUUUGAAUUCGGAUAGUAAAGGAAUGACGAAUACGCCUGUCACACCUACAGAGGUCAAUAAAGCGGUGGAUAAGCCGGUGACCCCUGUAGUGAACACCAGUGCCAAACGUGAAGUGAGGCGUGUCUAUAAAUCGGAUGAUGGGUUGUGUUCGUGUGAGCUGUGCAAGAAACAGUUUGAAGCCAAACGCCACCUCUGGCAACAUUUGAGAAGGUUCCAUCUCAAGGAAGCGUCAUCAUCUUGUGGUGUCUGUUUGAAAGUAUGUAAAGAUUACGAUGCGUUAGACACUCACCUCGCCCUAGAGCAUAAGACUAAUUUCGAGGGUGAAGGGAAAAACUUCACUUGUCGUGUGUGUGGCAGGUAUCACAAUUCCAGACUGAAGCUGGAGCAGCAUUCUGUCAUUCAUCCCGGGCACGAGAUGAGGACUCACGCGUCGCUACACUCCUGUUCCCUUUGUCCCAUCCAAUUCAAUUCGGCCAUUUCUCUGGCUGUUCACCAGUCCAACGAUCACAAGGGCAAAUCUGUUAGAGGUGGUGCAGUGAAGAUGGACGUAGAUGGGCCCGAGAAUGAUGAAGACAGUAGGAGUAGUACUUCGAGUAGCAGUAGCGCGAACAGUAGUUGUUCUACUAGUAGCGGAUCUAGUUCUAGUAGCAGCGGAAGUAGCAGUAGCAGUUCUUCAAGUAGCAGUUCGACGUCGAGUGGUAGUAACAGUUCCAGUAGCAGUAACAGUUCCGAGGAGAAGGGUUCCAAAUCGUCGAAAGAUUCGAAAGUGAGUAAGUUGUCUCCGUUAUUGAAGCAGGCGCAACGAAGGCCUGAAAAGAGUGCGUGGUCUAGUAUUCAUAAGGAGGCAGUCAGCCGAUCCAGUGAACGCAACCGUAACAACCCCAAACCGGACCUCAAUAAAUCCCUCAUCGAUAAUUGUGUUCAAAGUGAGGACGAUAAUGAUGUGAUCGUGUUGAGUGACGAGAAUAACGCGAACAGCGCUGGUGCUUUCAACAAUAGCGAAGCUACGUUUGUUGAGGACAAUGUGAAUCUUUCUGAGGAUAGCUCGGCGUCUUCGAAUGAGGAUGUGGUUGAGGAUGAUGAGGACGAAGCCGUCAGUUCUGUCGCUGGUCUUGAGAAAGAUAUGUCUGCAACCGCUGAAGUGUAAUUAUCAAUUCAAAACAUUUUUAUAAUUCUCCAAUCUCAGUUCCCACAUUGCUUACGGUAUGUUUUCGCUUUAAUUCAAUAGUUGUAUUUUUCAUUGCAUGGCUGUGAGAACUUCUGAAUAAUGAGAGCCUGACUAGUUUUUCGUAAUAAUGUAGGAAUCGGAUUUAAUAAUCUGUGGUUCCGACUGAAGUAUGUAACCCAUUGACGGCUCAAAUUAUGUAUUCAGGCCAGUUGAGACCUUCCCGUAAAAGGCUCCCCACCAACAAAAACCCAUACGAAUCUAUUUUUGUCUAUGGCUUUUUCCCAUUACAAUCUUUAUCAGAAAGGUAGCCUACUCUUCCAUCUAUCCAAUUCUUAUUGAAUGAAAAACACUAAGAAAUUGUCAAAAACCACAGAUUUAUUGAUACUUAGAUAGUUUCGGUUAUUACACCAUUGUCAAUCUCUAAUGGAGAUUGAUCAAUAUGAAUAAUUACCACAAUAUCAACUUCUCAACUACACAAAAAGUAUCAAAUUCUUCUUCAUUUUUCAUAGUUGAUAAAAUAGCUAUAGUGAGGUCCACGUUAUAAUGGCAGUAUUUUAUUAACGUUUGUGUUGCUAUCCUUGUCUAUCAUUCGACAAAACACAUACCACUAUCGUUUUCUAGCUCCACAACGUUACCAAAUCCGUUUUUAACAAUGUAGAAUAAUAUAAUUAAUCAAGGUAGACUAACAGCAACGCUGUUCUCCUAUCUUUAUCUACUACCAUUAUAACGUGGACCUCACUAUAACAAUACUAAAAUGUCAUGCUUCUAUCUAUAAUCUCUACAGAAUAGGCUUUUAUCUAUCACGGAACUCAUACCUCUUGUAUGAGUAUAGCCUACGUUAUGCAGUUAGAUAACUACUGAAUGAAAAAGACUAAGAAAUUAUCAUAUUGUAUUUCAUUCAAUAUGAAUAAUUACCACAAUAUUAACUACACAAAAAGUUAGAUAACUACAGUAUUACUAGAAUAAAUGUUACGGAGACAUUUUAUUGGUUCACCCAUGACACCAUCAUUUCACAAUCCUCUACUAUGGUUUUAACCUUUCGGUAGUCGUGCCCUACUUAAUCACACAAGAAGUCGCGUGUUGUAUUUUUUAAAACAACCAAUUUUCCAAGUGAUAUGUACUCUACUGUCAAAACA